GAACAACGCAAGGACUUGCAUUUCCCACAUUCAUUAGAAGACCUGGAGGCUUUACGCAAGAUCCUUGUUGUAUAUAUGGAUAAACACUAUUAUCGGGUCAUGUUUGGAUUCCUAACCAUUUAUCUUUACUUGCAGACAUUUUCGGUACCAGGAAGUAUGUGGCUCAGUAUCCUUGGAGGAGCAUUGUUUAAAUUCUGGAUCGCUUUACUCAUAGUUUCUAUGGCAUCAGCAGUAGGUGCAACCAAUUGCUAUCUGCUUUCAAGGCAUUUCUUCUCCAAACUGGUGAAACGAAAGUUUGGUGAACGGAUGGACAAGUGGAAUACUCAGGUAUAUACUAUAAACGAGAGACACCGCAAUAACUUGAUGAGUUAUAUCAUUCUACUUCGUCUCGCACCAUUCCCUCCAAAUUGGUUUGUCAACAUCUGCUCUCCUCAUCUUGGAGUCCCACUAUGGCCUGAGUUUUUCAUUGGGACAUUGAUUGGUGUUACCGCUCCAUCUGUAGUGCAUGUCCAGGCAGGAAUGGUCCUUGAAAAGCUUGUGGAGGAUCAUUCGUCCGGCGUCAAUAUUUUUACGUUCAAAAACAUUGCAAUGUUGGUUGCCGUUGCUGCUCUGGCAGCACUACCGGUCCUGAUCCGAUGGGUUUUGGCCAGGUACGAAGCCAAGAAGGUUGGGAUUGAUGUGGAUGCACUCGACCAAGAAGAAGAAGGAAGAGUCAGUCGCGCUAGUAUCAGCGAAACAGACCCUAUCUUGGAACCCUUGGAUCCAACAGGGGUGAUUAUUCCUCCAGAGAAUCAACACUUCUUGCGGAAGACUCUGUCUCACACUUUACCAGGCCACCAUCGUCAAGAACAGCGACCUCAUCACCCUUCGCAACCUCGAUCAUUAUCUCACUCGUAA